AUAAAACGUUUGAGCGAAUUUAAAAGAAUUUCAGUCGAUUUUGAAAAAUUAAAAGCGACAGUCCAUCUCUCUCACCAGCAACGGGAAACUGAGCAAGGCCAAAGGAAAAUUUAAAUUCAAAUUGAAAGUGAAACGGUUUUCUAACGGUUAAAGGCCUAUCAGUAACGGAGUUGAUCAAGAGACCUACAUUUUAGCGAAAAGAAAAAAAACUGGUGGAAAUUAAAGAAAAUUGCAUUGAAAAAGAAUUUUUUUAAAAACAACACAGAAAAAAAAGAAAAUUUUUAGCAAAAUGGAGUUAAAAUUUCAAUUAUGCAGCCUGUUUGUGAUUUUAAGCGUAAUUCAAGUGAGUCAUGGUCAAUUGAUGUGUUACGUAUGUGAAAAUUGCCCAGACCCAAAGACCAACGAAAUUCCCCAGGAGACAUGUGAUGACACGUUCUUUGAGACAACAAUAUCGACAUCAACCCCAACAACGACGUCGACGUCGACAUCAACCACAGAAUUAACAAGCAUAUCAACCACAGAAUCAACAAGCACAUCAACCACAGAAUCAACAACACAAACCACAAGCACACAAUCAACAACAUCGCCCAUGACAACAGCACCAUCAACAACUGCAACUACAGAGAGUCCUACCCCAACUGAAUCCAGUACUGAAACGUUGACAACUACCACAGAAGUCUUAACCACCCAGUCUACAGAGGAUACCACUACAGUUGAUCCCACCACCUCCACAAGCACCACCGAAAUGAGCUCAUCCACCGAAGAUGAUUCCUCACCAACUCCAGUAACCACUUCAACUACUGAAAACACAACCGCCACCACAACGACCAUCAGUACAACAACAGAAGAUUUGCCUCCCUCACCACCAACAAUUUCCACGUCGUCGGUGCCAACACCACCCACACCUGGUGCAGCCAAGCCCAUUGACGAUUUGACAAAUGAGACCUUUAAGGACAGAUCAACUCCCAAGAAUUAUGUGACCUCUUCGGAAUUUAGGGUGCGUCAAUUGCGAGCUGUAUCCGAUUACACAUAUCACUGCUACAAGGUGCUGACCAAAGUGAAUGGCACCAUGGUAACCAAUCGCGGUUGUUCUCGUGUCAAAACCAUGGAAUCUGUUUGCGGCCAAUGGAAGGAGGAACAUCCCGAUGUGGAACUCAAUAAGUGCUAUCCCUGCUCAAACUCCCUGUGCAAUGGCAGUAUUGCCCUCAAUGUCUCAGUGUCCGCUUUAGUGAUGACAGUAGUAGCCGUACUGCUGCAUCGGCAAUAGAAGUUUAAACUUUAAGCAAAGAGAUGAGAGUUCAUAUCAGUAAAAAGACCUCAAGUCCAAAAGCUUUAAUACCAAGUAUUUGUUUCAUCAUAAGAUAAUUUGCAUAGAAAAUGUCCCCCUGUGCAAAAUGAUAUUCACCACCAAACACUCAAAACAAAAAAGGGUUGGUAAAUAGUGAUUUGUUGCCUAGCUCAUCCUCUGUAAGCCUCUCAUUCAUUUGGUUGUCGCAAUCGCAUUGGGAGGUCUUUGCUCUCCCUUGACACUCAUCAUAUGUAGUAGUCCUCAGAAGAUAAAGAGAAACGUAUUCUUUAUCCUAGUGAACACAUUGACAAGGAUUAACUAAGCGACCUAAACAUUGUCUGGGUGCAAUUGGGAAACAAAAUUGCAACUCUAACAAAAAAAUCAAACAUUUUAAAACAAAUCCAACUACAACAACAAAUUCGAAUUAUAUCCCUACAUAAUAUCUAAUUUCAUGUCUUCAUUAGUCUUUCAUAUCACCUUAUUUUUCAAACAAUCAACUAACACACUUGCAUACCUACAAACAUGUCUACCUAGAUAUGUGUGUGAAUUUGUUUUUUUUUAAUUAUUUUGUAACAUUAAAUUGUUUAUGUACAUUUAGUUGUAAUUUUAUUUGAUAUAAGAUUUAUGUUUAAAAUAUAUAUAACUAUUAAAAAAUA